CACGGUGUGAGGGGCGCGUGAGAUGAAGGUCUUCGGAGAGCCGGUCAGCGGUGACCGGCGGGCGGAGCUAACGAAAGUGAAGCCCUGCUUUCAGCGCAGGCUGUCUGCUCCCUCACUCAUUGUCAGUAAAGCACUGAGCAGGACAAAGGCCAGCACUGCCAGCAGUGAGUGUGUGUCUGACGUUAGCCCCGCCUCCUGUGACCUGGUGCAGUCCCUGCUGGGCCCCAGGCGGACGCUGGUUUGUCAUGGCGUCGCGCGGCUGCAGGCGGGGCUUCAGACUCAGGAGCGCUACCUCUUCCUCUUCAGCGAUGUCUUCAUCAUCGGCAAGGCCAAGUCCUGUUCUCAGGUCAAGCAGAAGGCGUGUGUGCGUGUGUGUGAGAUGUGGACGGCCAGCUGCCUGGACGAGGUGUGUGAGAGCACCACCAGUCCAGACACGAGCUUUGUCAUCGGCUGGCCCACAUACAACUGUGUGGCUACUUUCAGCACGGCUUACCAGAAAGAGAGGUGGCUCUCCCUACUUGAAAGCUGUAUACAAGAGGAGAAAGAGCAUGAUGACCCAAAAGUCAUCCCACUCAAGAUAUAUGUGAAGGAUACUGGGAACUGUGCCUACACAAAAGCUCUCUCUGUCAGAAAUACGGACUGCACCUCUGACGUUAUCAACACAGCGCUCCAGCAGUUUGGACUGCAGGGAACCGUGAAGGACUAUCAGUUGUGGGUGAGCUCCAGUAAGGAUGAGGCUCCGUACCCUCUGAUUGGUCAUGAGUUCCCAUACAGUAUAAAGAUGAACCACUUACGGGCGCUGCAGCAAGACGGAGAGACGCUUCCUCACCACCAGGUGGCGCUGUUGUCUGAUGAUACACGCUGUCAGUUCAUCCUGAGGCCUUGUAGAAUGAACUGCAACCACACUGUAACAGAUGAACCCAGGAUUAAGAGAAAGGUGCCACUGUUUACUUGGCCAUUCAGACGAAGCUCCACCACAGACCUGGACAGCCAACUACAAUCAUCAACCCCUCCUGACUUCGCUCCUGGAUGUCUGUUUGGACGGCCACUCAGUGAUGUAAUCGUUGACCACACCCUUCCUCCACCCGUCAAGGAUAUGCUGCUGUAUUUGUGUAUCGAGGGGGCUGCAACCUGUGGAAUAUUCCGGCGCUCUGCUGGGGUCAAGGCUUGCCGGGAAUUAAGAAUGAAACUGGACUCCGGUAACAACAACCACUGCCUGAGCGAAGAAUCUGUAUUUGUGACUGCUGCUGUUUUUAAGGAGUUCCUGCGGAAUAUUCCAGGCAGUCUGCUGUGUGAAGAUCUCUAUGACCAGUGGCUCAAAGCAGUGGAGUGCAAUGCAGAAAGAGGAAACGAGAGCAGUGUACAGGAAGUGCAGAGGCUGAUCCAGCUCUUACCUGAGGAGCACUGUCUGUUGCUGAAACACGUGAUAGCAAUGCUUCACUGCGUCCAGAGCCGCGCUGACCACAACCAGAUGAACUCUUCUAACCUGGCUGUGUGCAUCGCCCCGAGUCUGCUGUGGAGCAGCUCUUUGCUCACUCUGCAAGAGGACACCAAGAAGGUUUGCGACCUUGUUCGCUUCUUGAUUGACAACUGCCAUUCUGUGUUUGGGGAUGACAUCACAUCUCUUAUUGACCUUUCUCUGGACAGCAGGAGGAACCGCAGAUCUGGUAACUACAAUAAUGCAGGGUCUUUGCGGCAUUUAUCGGACUCCUGUUACGACAGUCUGGAGAAUGAGCUGAACGCUGAACCUGAGGACAUGCCCUCGAUCUGCCUCAACACACUGAGCCAAGAUUCGCUCAUCUCUCUGAGUGACUGUGAUCUUGACCAAUCAGAGCUUGACGCUGAACCUGACUCCUCCCUACCACUUGCUCGAAUCAGGACCUUUACACCUGCUGUACGUCAACCUCGGCCUCAGAAAUUGCGCCGCUGCUCUGAGCCGGCCUUGGUGGACCAUGCCCCCUCGGGCCUGGAAGUACGUAAGGCAAGCCUUGAUAGCAGUGCCUUGCAAGAAGAAAUGAGGGUUGAGGAUGGUAGAGACAACGUGUUCCUGGAACCCGGCUUUCGAAACCUGAAGCUAACGUGCAGAGGGGGAGAAGUUGGCCAACAUAGACGACUAAACUUGCGAUUGGGCAACUCUGGAUCCAGUUUAUCAUCCUCCGCAAGUUCUUCUUUGUCUGUGAGCUCAAUGGAAAUUUCAUCAGACAGUGUUUUCUCUCAAAGUGAUGAUCACAGUGGCCCUCUUGGUCCCCAAGGUUCUUCACCGAAGUUGCAAUAUGAAGUACCUUUGCAGAAGAACCAAAAUAGUUUACGUCCAGUUACCUUGACAAAAGGGUAUCCAUCACAAGAACCAGACAGCAUUCAGGUCAAUGGAGGAUCAUGUGUCAAGCAUCUUUCUUGCAGGGCCAGCAAACCUCCAUCCUACCAGGAGGCUUUAUUGUACCUUAACAGAAGUCCUCCAGCACAAGUGCUGAAAAAUAGUCCCGUCACACAAACGUCAUCCAUCCAGCUCUUCCACGAAGGAAAAAGCCUUUUCUACAGGGGUCCAGUACCCUGCCCAAUAGUGGAACCCCAGAGUCCCUCAAAUUGCCAAACUCUUAGCUCUAACUGCUCCGAGGCUCACUCAUGGUCAGAUAAAGCCACUACAAAUCUGGACCCUCGGGCAGACAACGAGGUUUUCCUACCCCAAAGUGUGUUUUUCGGACAGAGCUGUAGGCUGACGAUGCAAAGGUCCAGGCUUCCAUCUCAGGACACAGUAACUGCUCUUCCUGGCCUUCUCUCAGGCAGGUCCAGAGGACUUGACUCCCAUCAUUCCACCAGACAGAAUGUCCAGAACUCUUUCAUAAAGCCAUCCUCUAACGGACUCGGAGUGGUCAGGGGGUUGGAAGACCUGGACCAGUGCAGUGGUGGACUGUACAGCGGUCAAUUGGGUGAAGACUUGGAGCAUGGACUCCACCCAGAGGAAUCUUAUGUUUAA